CAGGGUGCAGACAUAAAUGCUGUCAGCAAGGACGGUUUAGGAGUACUACACACCACAAUAUUAUUGGGCCAAUUGGAAAUGGCACGUUAUUUUAUAGCGAAAGAAGCUGAUAUUGACUUGUGUAGUCCUGAUGGUCAGACACCUUUGAGCCUUGCUAUUAUGCUAGGACACGACGAUUUAGCUGAAGAACUGAUUGAAAAUAACGCUAAUUGUCAAAUUCGAAACAGAGAAGGUUAUAGUGCUUAUGACAUUGCUAUAAUGUUGGAUAAUCAAAAAGUCGUGGAUUCACUUAUUGCUCAUGAUAUGGUAGAUUGCAAUGAUGAUUCAACUGAGCCAACUACAUCAAAUGAACAAGAAAUGGCUAGAUUUUUGAUUUUAAAAGGCGCCGAUGUUAACUUAUGCGAUCGUAAUGGUAUAACGCCACUAUUUAUGGCAACGUCAAGUAGUAAUUUUGAUAUGGUCUAUCUAUUGGUUUUGGCCGGUAGCAAUUUAAAAGCGAAAAAUGGAAGUAAAUGGUCUAUUGCGGCUGAUCAAGCAAAGUCACUUGGUCAUUUCGGUAUUCAUCUAUUUUUAGUAGAAGAUGCACCGAAAAUUGUUAAGCAAUUGCAAAGAUAUCAAGAUGAAUGUAAACGACCUGAUAAAAAUACAUACGAAAUCAAGAAGAAACGUACGUAUAUAAAAUAUAUGGUACUAAUUUUAUAG